AUGCGACGAGGGCACAUCGUGACAUGGGGCCUUGCCCCUUCCAAGUACGGAAGGGUGUCGGCAGAACGGUUGCGGCUGCCAACGGCGUCGCCGCCCUUUGGCUGCUCCUCACCCCGACGCUCAUUUCAUGCUAAAUUCAGGGGUAUGGCUGUGGCCUUCCUGGGCACGGGUUCGGGCGUGCCUUCGCUUGAGCGCAAUGUCACCUCCAUCGCCAUCAAGCUCGAGAGCCGAACCAUAAUGGUGGACUGCGGUGAAGCGACGCAGCAUCAGUUCAUGAAGUGCCCCGGGCUGACGCUCCAGAGCGUGGAGCACAUUUUCAUCACACACCUCCACGGCGAUCAC